GCACUUCCCAUCAGGUCAGGUACGUUGUGCAAUGUUGAAGUAGUCGCAAAAAGAAACCCAUUUCAGAAACAACAUGGCAGCGUGCUGCACGACGGUGGUCGAGGACCUGUCCAGCGUCCCUCUGGUCGCCCUCAACAUGACCGUCAGGAGAACCCUCAGCCUCUACUUGAACCCCCGAACCGUGGUGGCCGCCGACUGGACGAUGGUGGCCGAGGCGAUGGGCUUCUCUUACCUGGAGAUCAUCAACUACCAGCAGGUUCCCAAUCCCACCGAGCGGCUCUUGGUUGACUGGCAGGCGUGCUCGAGCGAGGCCAGCGUCGGAAAACUCUUGUCCAUCUUGGAGGAAGUGGAGAGGAACGACGUCGUGGAAGAGCUUCGUCCUCUGAUUGAUGAUGACGUGAGGAAGUAUCAUGAAAGCUUAAAGAAGAGGGCGGUACGUCCCCUGCAGGUCCCCGAGGUGGACAGCUGCAUCCCUCGAACGCCUGAGCUCUCCGGCCUCACCUUGGGGGAUGAUCCAGAAGGUUCUCCCGAGUUGUUUGACGCUUUCAUUUGCUACUGCAAGAGCGACAUCAAGUUUGUGCACGAAAUGAUUCGAGAGCUGGAGCAGACCAACUACCGACUGAAGCUUUGCGUCUUCGACCGCAAUGUCCUGCCCGGAUCAUGCGUUUGGACCAUCACUGGCGAGCUCAUUGAGAAGAGGUGGGACAAUAAUGCACAGCACCAUACAUGUUUGGCUUCCCCACCUCCUGGUUUUCACUCUGAUGUUUCUGUAUUCAGAUGUAAGAGGAUGGUGGUUGUGAUCUCCGAUGAAUACAUCAAAAGUGAAGCCUGCGACUUCCAGACUAAGUUUGCACUCAGCCUUUCUCCUGGCGCUCGGAAUAAACGACUCAUCCCCGUGGUGUACAAGACGAUGACAAAAGAGUUCCCGAGGAUCCUAAGGUUCUUGACCGUGUGCGACUACACCAAUCCAUACACGCAGAGCUGGUUUUGGGAACGGCUGGCUAAAGCUCUGUCUCUGCCAUAGCUGUGAUUGUUAUUAGUGUUUUAAAGGUGCUUUCCCAUCAACUAUAUCGAAACUUUUGGGACCCGAUACCAAAGAUAUGAUGUAAUUCUCCAAUGUCAUUGUAUUCAUUUGUUUCAUACAUUUGAUGUCAUUUUUAUGACUGUAGUAGCCUGUGUUAUGAUUGACAAACAAUGUGCAGAGAUAUUUUUGCUAGCUCUUCUGCUCAAAUUUCUAUUGUAAGGAUUGGACUGCACUUCUACCCUUUUUGAUCGUCAGCAGAAAGGGAAGUGGGAAUGGACUUCCGCAUUUGACAAUACACUUCUACAUUUGACUGACUGCUUUUCUCACUUCUUGCCUUUCAUAUUCUAAAGUCUUUGUGUGUGUGUGUGUUUUUUAAAGGAUUUACAGCUUGAUAAGUACGUAAUUUUAGGCAAAACGCCUAAAUAAAUGCAAGCAAUUUUACAAA